AUGGAGAGGCCUAUAUCAAAUCUUGCCUUCGACUCCAAGUUUGGAGUCUUUAAAAAUGACCGGAACUUCGUCAGCGCAAACCGCAAGCUGUGCCUGAACAUCUGUGUGGGUGAGAGUGGUGACAGACUGACCCGUGCUGCUAAGGUGCUGGAACAGCUGACAGGCCAGACUCCUGUCUUCUCCAAGGCCCGCUACACUGUGCGAUCCUUUGGUAUCCGUAGAAAUGAAAAGAUUGCAGUCCACUGUACUGUCCGUGGAGCCAAGGCUGAGGAAAUCCUGGAGAAGGGACUGAAGGUGAGAGGAAUGUGUUUAUGGAAAUGGACUACUUACUUUAGCAUGAAAUUGAGAGAGCUGGACCAGGGUGAGAAGAAGGAGAACCCCAUGAGGGAGCUGCGCAUCCGCAAGUUGUGCCUGAACAUCUGUGUGGGUGAGAGUGGUGACAGACUGACCCGUGCUGCUAAGGUUCUUGGCAGACCUGGUUUCAGCAUUGCUGACAAGAAGAGGAAGCAGGGCCGCAUCGGCGCCAAGCACCGUAUCUGCAAAGAGGAGGCAAUGCGCUGGUUCCAACAGAAGUAUGAUGGCAUCAUCCUCCCUGGCAAGUAAAGGACCACAUUUUCCCCCCAAUUUGUAACACAAAUAAAAGAAAAGCCCGAA